AUGGUGCUCCGGCCGGUAGGAUCGACAUCACUUGAACCUACACUGAAGCGUGAUAGGGUUGACGACCUCAUUGAUAGUCCGGACUCCGUGAGAUGUUCUAUACUGUAUCUAUAUACGGAAUUACUCCGUACGGACACUCCAUAUGGAGCAUAUGGUGACAUGGUUCAAAAUAUGAAAAUAGAACAUUCAAUAGUGUCAAGUGGCACAAAGAACCCCUUGAGUCGUGGAGAUGAAGAGAAGAACGUGCUGAAUUCAAUACUGCACGAUCACUCAGCCGUGUCCAAUCAAAGUGAGACGUCGAUCGACACAGCGUCUCGCCAGACACUCGGACCAGCGCGUGGCCCGGCAUGUGUUGCUUCAACGGGCUAA